GGCGUCGCUGUGGAGUGCGCGUGCAGGGACGCGAGAUGAAGCGCUUAACUUGGUUUGCUCUGGCUGUCACCCUAAUCGCGACAGGUUUCGCCGUGAAGACCCCGUAUCAAGCGGUUCUUCAGCACAGCAGGAUACGAGGAAGACCUCAUGGCCCCAAUGUUUGUGCUAUGCAGAAUAUUCAAGGAUCGGAUAAGAAGUACUUCACCAACUGCAAGCAAUGGUAUCACCGCAAAAUAUGUGGCAAACCAACGGUGGUCAGCUAUGAGUGCUGUCCUGGUUAUGAGAAGGUGAUUGGAGAAAAAGGCUGUCCAGCAGCUUUACCUCUGGUGAACAUCUAUAAAACCCUGGGUGUGGUUGGAGCCAGUACUACCAAGAUGUACUCUGAAAGAGCCAAUUUGCAGGAGGAGAUCGAAGGUCCCGGCAGCUUCACAUUCUUUGCUCCAAGCAAUGAGGCUUGGGCUGCACUUCCCAUGGAAAUUCUGGAUGCCCUGGUGAGCAACGUCAACAUUGAACUCCUCAACGCUCUGCACUACCACAUGAUCAACAAACGCUUGACGUCUGACGAUCUUAAGCAUGGCACGUCGUUCCCCUCAAUGUACCAGGACUUGGAUGUUCACAUCCACCAUUAUUCUAAUGGAAUUGUGACGGUGAACUGUGCAAGGCUUGUGAAGACAGACCAGCAUGCCACCAAUGGAAUUGUGCAUGUUGUUGACAGAGUCAUAACAGCCAUUACCAAUAAUGUCAACUCUUUGAUUGAUACCGAUGAUGACCUGGACACUCUGCGGACGGCAGUUGCUGCAGCUGGUCUCACCAAUCUUUUGGAGAAUGAGGGUUCCUACACUAUCUUUGCUCCAACCAAUGAAGCCUUUGAGAAGAUUCCUCCAGAAACACUGACCAGAAUUUUGGGAGACCCACUUGCUCUCAAAGAUCUGCUGAAUUACCACAUUGUUAAGAACUUGCACUGCUCUGAGUCCAUUGUGGCUGGAACACCUCUGGAGACCCUGCAGGGAACAGUGCUCGAAGUCGGCUGCGACGGCGAAGAGAUGACCAUCAACGGCAAAGCCAUCGUCGCGCAGAGAGAUAAGCUUGGAACCAAUGGAGUCAUUCACUACGUCAAUGAACUCCUCAUACCUGACUCAGCUAAGACCCUCCUGGAGCUUGCAGAGGGAUCAGUUGUUACGACAGCCUCCAAGCUUUUUAAAGAUGCUGGUCUUACUGAUCAUCUCAUUGGCUCCGAGGCUGUGACUUUAUUAGCUCCGCUGAACGAUGCUUUUAAAGACAAGAGUUUGGCCAUGACACCCGACAUGAAGAAACUGCUGAGAAACCACAUUCUCAAGGAGAAGUUUUCCUCCAAGAGCCUUUACCAUGGACAAGAGCUGGAGACCCUUGGUGGAGUAAAACUUCGAGUGUUUGUGUUCAGAAAUAACCUGUGCAUUGAGAACGCCUGCAUUGCUGCACACGACAAAAAUGGCCGCUUUGCAAAUAUGUUCAUCAUUGACAAGCUCUUGACACCCCCCAUGGGAACUGUCAUGGACGUCCUGAAGGCUGAUGAUCGCUUCAGCACUUUGGUUGGCAACAUUCAGAGAGCAGGCCUGACCGAGCUCCUGAACAAAAAAGGGAGCUACACUUUCUUCGCCCCCACCAAUGCUGCCUUCAGUGCAAUACCCCCCGCCGACCUCAACAGACUCAUGAGAGACCCCAAGGAGCUGGCAAACCUUCUCAAAUACCACAUUGGUGAAGAUUUCCUGGUCAGCGGCGCUGUGACCUCACAUACCAGAGUGACGCCCCUGACAGGAGAUAAACUGGAGCUAGGCACUCGUAACUCCACUAUAUACGUGAACAGGGUGCCAGUUGUCGAGGCUGAUCUGAUGGCUACCAAUGGAGUUGUUCAUGCUGUUGGUGUAAUCGUAAAACCACUGCCUCCUAAAAUUCUGAGUGAUCAGGCUGAAGGCUCAACAAUCAGACGCACCUCUGCUGUGUGGGCUGGGUCUCAGGUAAUAAAAAAUGAAGAUCUCUUCCAGAAGGUCCUGAGAAGCCAGAGCAGCAGAACAAUGUCUCGUGUCCAGUAAACAUUGCUCUAGAAAGUAAAAGUGUAGUUCAUUUUAUCCUCCACCACUUCAAAAGGAUGGAAACACACAGUUCAAUAUCUUGUAUUGCGCAGUGGAGAGAUAAUUAAAGGCUAAGAAAAUCCAGGCAACAAAA